AUGAAGUUGAGGAUGAACGAACCUAUCCAGCAGAAAAUUAACAGCCUAGACAUACACAACUGGACCUUCAAUACAACAGGAUUCGAGAAGGCUCAUGAAGAUUGGCAAAAGUUUUAUAGAGUGUGCCGGAGCACUGAACUGCAAACCAAUCAAAAGUUUACUUUCCCGAUAGUACAAGGCACCUUUCGGGUAAGAGCAUGUUACGACGAUUUAUAUUCAAAAGUGUGGACGUUGGCUAUGGAUGAAGAUCUUCAAAUUCUCAUUACUGGCCAGGCUGGUACAGGCAAAACCGUUGCCCUGUGGUACCUCAUCCGCGUAUCAUCCGCGAGACAGAUCAACCACUUGUUUACGUGGAAAACCAGAUCACAUACGUCUUCUACGACGGAACGGUAUCCUACGGAUCCACAAACAGUGCUUGUGCUUCGGAAGAGCUACCCCGUUCCAAGACUGAAUUAG